AUGACAUCAACUUUGGGAAACAACAGCGAUAAUAGUAAUAAUAACAACAACAACAAGAAUGUAUUGGAUACUCAAAAGUUCUACUCGGCUGAUGUCGUCUCCCAAUAUGCGGGGAUGAUGGCUUCCGAAAUUCCUAAAUACCAACCAGAUUUUGAACGUCUACUGAAGGAUCUUCCAGAUGGCCCCAUUUUGGAUACGGCCGUGGGAACUGGACACAUGUUGGAAGCCCUGUUGAAAAUGGAUCCAAAUCGUUCCAUAUGUGGUUCGGAUCUAUCCCCGGACAUGGUGGAGCAUGCCAAGAGUCGCUUGACGGGUGCACUGUUUGUAAAGUGUGCUGACAUGUCGAAAUUGCAAGGUGUGGUGGACGAUGAGUCCGUCAUUGCAGUUCUCAACAAUUUUGCCUUGCAUCAUGUGGCAAAAGAAACUGCAAAAGAAUGCUUUAUGGAAUGGGCAAGAGUGCUAAAAUCCAACGGAAGGUUGCUGGUCAGCUGUUGGGAAGGCUCAGGAGAAAUGGAUUUUGGUGACAUGAUCGGGGAUAAAGAGGUAUUCUGUAGCCGAUGGUCCAAGGAUCAAAUCGGAAAUUGGGCUACUGCCGCAGGAAUGAAACUUAUCUACGAUCGAGAGUUUCUGGAGGAGGAUUUUGGAUCACAGAAUACAUACUAUGCGAUCUAUGAAAAGUGA